UUAGUUAUGUCAGAACUCAAGACUCCCAUAAUUUUGCAGCUCAAAAACGCUCUGCAUUUUUCUCUUUUCCAAUUUCAUCAAACAAUCAAAAUCUUCUUUUUCUUCAAAUUAUUCACCUCCUAUUCACAGAUUCUUCGAGAGUUUUCAGUUACUGGUCGUUUUUUUUUUCCCUCUUCUGUUUCUGCUGUAUUGGUUCGUUGCGUUUUGUUUUUUUCAGUUAUGUGAUGGAAUCAAUUGAGUUUUGAUCGUGUUUUUGAUUGCGUUUUCCUAAAAUAAUCGGAUGCUAUAAACGUUUCCUUGUUGAUUUCCAACGCUUCGUAAUCUCUGCGGUUCGGUUUUUUGCUGAUUGAUGUCAAAAUACGCGCUUUUCCUUGCUGCUGUUUCUGCGCGAUCGUUAUUUAUUUAUCAGAAUCGUUUCGAAUUUGAAUUUCCGAGAUUGAAUUGAAGAUCUCUCGGCAAAAAUCUCGUGCGAUUCUGAUUAAAACCAGAAAAAAAAAGUGUCCAACUUUGAAUCCGUGCCCCUUCCCCCCCUUUUUCCCCUUCGAUUUUUCUAUCCUAAAAUUCUCGAUUUUUUGAGUCGUAUCAAAAAACUGUUUCCACAUUCUUCCAUUUGAAUUUGAUUCCAUGGGAGUUCAGAAAGAUAGAGUGAAGUUCAACGUAGGCGGGCGCCACUUCGAAACGACGGCGACGACGCUGGCAAUCGCCGGCCGGAAUUCCCUCUUCGGCGCCAUGUUCGACGAGAAUUGGGAUCUCCACCCCACCGCCGCCGCCGACGAGCACUUCAUCGACCGGAACCCCGAUUGCUUCGCCGUCCUCCUGGACCUCCUCCGCACCGGGGAGCUCUACAUCCCCCCCAACAUCCCCGAACGCCUCCUCCACCGCGAGGCCCUCUUCUACGGCCUCUCCGACCACCUCCGCGCCGCCAAAUGGGGCCCAUUCGACGGCAACACGCUCCACCUCUCCCGGUCGGUCCCGGGGCGGGCCCCGGGCGACGGCACGGGCAUCCGGGCCGGGCCGGACGGGGGUUGCUGCGUGGCCCACGGCAGCAUGGUCCAUGUGUAUGAUUGGGCGAUGGAGGAGCACCCCCCUUUGAAUCUCGACUACCAGAGGGUAAACGACGCCGUUUGGGUGGAUUCCGACAGCAUUGUGUUGAGCGCCUGUGAGAGGCUGGGUAGGGAUGAUGGUGGGAUGGGGCUUUUCAAUGCCUCUAGUGGUGAGUUGAGACAUAAAUUCCAUGUCACACAUGAUAGCCAAGUGAAGAGUUUCAGUGGUGGAGCAUUGAGCUUUAGCUGUGAUUAUAGGUUGUUUGCUAGUUGCAGAGGUAGGAGCAAUGAGUAUGGUGUUGGUGUGUGGGACCAGGUGAGUGGCAAGCAGGUCGACUUCUUCUACGAGCCGGCGGGCUGGCCGUUGGGCGAGGCCGACAAGCUGCAGUGGCUGCACGGCGCCAACUGCUUGCUGGUGGCAACCCUGUUUCCUAGGAAGGACAAUUGCUACAUCAGCUUGUUGGACUUUAGGGACAAGGAGAGGAUGGUGUGGGCGUGGUCGGACGCGGGGGCGGCCGUGGGGGACGAGCGCAGGGUCAGGGACGCCAUCGCCAUGGAGGAGAGCGCCGCCGUGUGUGUGGUGAACGAGUACGAGGAUCUAGGGUUCAUGGACUUGAGGCGGCCCGGGGGCCCCCUGAGGUGGAGCUCGAGGAGCCGCCUCAUGAAGGGGAAGAUGCCGGACGAGCCCUGCUACCCUAAGCUCGCCCUGCACCGGGGCCAGCUCUUCUCCUCCAUGAACGACACCAUAUCCGUCUUCUGUGGGCCCGAUUGGGUGCUCACGUCGCGCCUGAGGAACGCGUAUGGUGGCUCCAUCUGUGACUUCUCCAUUGGAGGGGAUAGGCUCUUUGCACUGCAUAGUGAGGAGAAUGUGUUUGACAUAUGGGAGACUAGCCCUCCUCCAAUUAUGUGAUUGAUUUUGACUUAGUUUUUUUUCACACCUUCAAUGAUUUUCUUGUUUAGAUUGUAGUUUUAGUUCUUUUUACACCUUCAAUUACUUUCUUGUUUAGAUUGUAGUUUUCCAUAUAGCAAUUGGUUAUACAAGGGAAAAAAAACAUAUCUUUGGAGUUGUCUUUGCUUAUAAUGUAUGUGUGUGAUAUAUGUAUUACAUAUGCAAUAUUUGAUUUA